AGGUGUGUAUAUCUGAAAUCAUUCACAUCAAGUACAUGAGCCGAAAGUUGUUCUGAACUGAAAGGAAAUUAUAUCAGUACAUCGCAGUUGAGGAACUGGUAGAAAUCAAGGAAGCAUAUUCAGGGAAGUUGCUCGGAGAGUGAAAUUGAUCUCCAUGCUGAAAGGCUUUCUAUUUGGAAGAAGGAAGCGCCAGAAGCCCAUUCUGAAUACCAGUAAAAAGUUGGUUAACUCGAGACAAGGAUGAGAAAUAAUAUCAUCAAUUGAGAAAAAUUGGGAAUUUUUCAGUCAAGCUGCCAUUUUAAACCAAAAAUGAAGAUUUGGAUUCUUGGCUAAAGAGUUCUAGAGAUGUCUUCAGAUGCACAAUCAAAUUUUCUGUGUUUCAAAAGCAGCCUGUUAAUUCCACCUCAACACAGAAGUGCCAAGGAUGUGGAACUUAUCUAUCGUCACUUGCGUAAGAUGCAGGCAAAUUCCAAAUUAUCAGACUCUACCAUAAGAGCCAUGGCUUUGAAAGCCAGAUAUGAAGUUCAUGACUCAAAUGAAUUGCUGUACAUGUCAGAUGACUGGAGCUUUUGCUGGUACAUUUUGCUUAGUGGCUCAGUUUUUCUUGACGGAUGUAUGUAUUUACCAGGAAGUAGCUUUGGCAAGCAAUCAGUGCAGGGAAAAAGAGGCUUCGACUGUCUCAUUCUUGAAAAGUCAGAAAUGAUUGUGAUCGACUAUCCAAACGAAAAGAUGUUUAAGCCGUACCAGCGCAACUCAUAUUCGAUGCAAGACCUGGAAAGCUUGCUUGCUCUCGAUGCCGAUGAAGUUAAAUUCAAGGAAAGCAAAGAAGAAGAUUUUGAGGGCCACGACAGACACUCGAGCAAGGUUUCAAGUAGUGAUUCCGGCUAUACAGAAAUGGACUACAGAGGAAGCGCACACAAAUCAGAGCAAUACGACCCACGUGAUAGGGAGAUAGACCUAAACCUUUCAGGCCUAAAAGAAACAAUGGUCGACUCUGUGGAUUCUGAUGACGAAGAGGAUAUCAGUUCAGCCAGCGAGUCUGCUGCUGUUCGAGACAUUGUAAGGGACUGCUUAGAGAAAGAUCCCUCAGAAAGAACAGAAAAUGAUAUUAAUAUCUUGAUGGACUUUGUGCAGCAUCUCCCGGCAUUUAGCAAGGUUUCAUACAACGUACGGCGGGAGAUGUGUGCCUAUAUGGUGUUUGCUGUUGUGGAGAAGGCUGGAUCAGAAGUAAUGAUUGAUGGUGAAGAGAUGGACUCCUGGUCCGUCAUUUUGAAUGGCUCUGUAGAGAUAUUCGAAAAAGGCAAAGUGCCCAUGACGAUGCAUUUGGGAGACUGUUUUGGUGUAAAUACCAAACCGGAAAAGGUCUAUCAUCAUGGUGUGAUGAGGACGCGAGUUGACGAUUGUCAGUUCGUUUGCAUUGCUCGCGAAGACUACUGGCGAAUAUUCACUCACGAAGAAGAAAAAACUGUCAGGGUCGAAGAGGAAGGUGAAGUUGUUUUGGUUACUGAACACCGCACAACUGAUGGUGGAAGCAGAGAGGGCCAAGUGGUCAUCAAAGGUAUGCCUGAUCGUUUGCUUGACCACCUAAUGGAGGACCAUUCUACCAUCGACCCUACGUACGUCGAGGACUACUUGCUUACUUACGUCAUAUUCAAUUUCAAACCGCAUGAACUCGCAUCCAAACUUGUAAAAUGGUUUGACCGGGAACAACUAAAAGACAAGGUCACACGAGUCAUGUUGUUGUGGGUGAACAACCAUUAUUGUGAUUUCGAAAAUGAUUCUUUUAUGGAGCGCUGCAUUGAAAGAUUUGAAUACUACCUCGAAGCUAAGAAAAUGAUUGGGCAACUCCAGCUUUUAAACAUGGCUCGUUCCAUGAAGUCAACCAGUAGAACACUCACACUUGAUCGCCCAUACAAGGAUGCCAAGUUUGACUUCUCCAUUAUGGGUGGUUCGGAAAUAGGGGCCGGAAUUUUUGUUUCAAAGGUUGAUAUCGAUUCGAAGGCAGAAGUGUCCGGCCUGAAGAAAGGUGAUCAGAUCCUUGAGGUCAAUGGACAGAGCCUCGAGAACGUCAAACUUCAAACGGCCCUUGAUACCUUCAAAAGCCAUUUUCACCUCUCACUUGUGGUGAAGAACAACAUUAUGGGUUACAAGCGAGUUGUGGAUAACUGGCACAAAAAGAAGAUGCAGGAAAACAACGAGGACAAAUUCUUCAAAAAGCCUCAAUUUCGAGACAGGACACAUGGUGUUACACGAAGUACUUCGGAUACUUGUGAUCGACAAAAACCUCCGGAUAAAAACAGCAAUUCAGAUUUCAACGACAAAAAAGCCCAACAAAUGAAACUAGUAGAUCUUCACGUGAGUGGGACUUACCCCGGCCGAGUUAACGCAAGAACUCACAAGGACAUAAGAAAGAAGGCAAUGUUCAGUAUUCUUCCAAAGUCAGGAAGUAACCAAGAGCUGAACAGAAUCGACCUUGAUGCGGACAGAAUACCCUUUCGGAAUCAGUCUCGUAUCGCAGAGAGCGACAUGAAUGACAGCCUCGUUGAAGAUUGCCAGGUUAUCAAAGUCCACAGAGCUCUCGACCAGGCCUUUAAAUAUUUCAUUAUCAACACGGAAACUACUGCUCAAGAAGUUGUCAUCGAAGCAGUUGGACAGUUCGGAAUUACCGACACACGAGGGCAUCCGUAUUUCUUGUGUGAGGUAACUGUCACUGAGGAUGGCGUCAUCAGGCAGAAGAGGUUAACAAACCUGGCUACGGAUCUCGCCAAUCGCAUCGGCCUUCGAUCUAGGUACUUCAUCAAAAAUACGUUAUCAGAUGGCGGUGUUACAAACGAAGUUGCUCAGGACAUUGCCCGUGAGGGAACAACAACGUUUCUUCAACUGUCACCACUUGAUGUAGCAAGGGAACUCACGUUACAGGAUUUCAAUUUGUUUAGAAGCAUAGAUUCGAGAGAAUAUAUAUACAACCUGUUUGAUUCAAAAAGCUUUGGAAAAUUUAGCAACCUUGGUAAAUUCGAAAAGACUGCCAAUACGGAAAUGUUCUGGGUGAUGAGAGAAAUUUGCAGUGAAACAAACAUUGUGAAGAGAGUGAAAAUGAUAAAAAGAUUCAUCAAAGUUGCAAAGCUUUGCAAUGAUUUCAAAAACUACAACUCUAUGUUUGCUCUUUUGAGUGGACUUGACCACUCGUCUGUUCGAAGACUCAAGACAACUUGGGAGAAGGUUCCUGCAAAGUACAUCAAAAUCUUUGAGGAUUUGAAAUUACUGAUGGAUCCAUCAAGAAAUAUGUCCAGAUAUCGCAAUUUGUUUAAUGGUGAACGGGCAUACCCUCCUCUGAUUCCUUUCUUUCCAAUCAUAAAAAAAGAUUUGACAUUUCUGCACCUUGGAAAUGAAACUUACGUUGAUGGAUUGGUCAACUUUGAAAAAUUGCGGAUGAUUGCAAGAGAAGUUAGAAAAGUCUGCAAGUAUUGUGCUAUAGGAUAUGACCCUGGUAAGAUGGAUGAUGUCACACAAACAAGCAAUGGUGCUCCACCGAGCAUUGCUCAGUCAGUAGUCAGUGUGAUGACUGGACAGAACACAAUGACUCGAAAACACAGACGAACAAGCAGCUCCAUGAACAACCCCAAAAAGGCAUAUGAAGAGGCCUUGAUGUCUCGAAAAAUGCGACAGUAUCUAGAGGACUUAUCAAAUGUUGCAACAGAUGAAAAUGAAAUAGACAGACUAUCAAAAGCAUGCGAGCAACCGACAGGAUCCACACAACUAUCAUCAUUACCAAAGAGAAGGCCUUUGAAUAUGUCUCCUACACCAAGUAAACCAAGUAGCACACAAGAACAAUCAAAAAAACAAUAUUCACCUACACCAUCAGAAAAAAGAGAGCAUGAACCUUCACGGCAAAAUAAGCCUGAAAAGCUACGGCCACCUGACAUGGAUGAAAUUGAAGAGCAAGUUUCGAUUGUAUAGAGAGUGGUAAAUGCGCCAAAUGUAUAGAGAGUGACAAUACAUUCAAUGCAACUUAUCAUUGCUUACUGUCAGAUUGUAAAUAUAGUUAUAGGAAUUUAAACCUUUACAUCAUAGAGAGGGUGGGUUGGGCUUAUAGGCAGCUGUUAUAUAAUCAUAAAGUUUGUGUGCUUAAAAGGCCAUAUAACAUGCAUUUUAUUUAGCAUACCAUAUUAUCUCAGUCAUAAUUUCAGUUCAAUUCAUUACAUGAAGUUGUUUUAUUUUCUUGUUAAAUUUUUCAUAUUUUUUGCAUAUAUAGAAGUAUAUUUUUCAUCAUUUUGCUUUCGUUUUUAUUGUGUUGUACUAAAUGUUGUGUUUGUAAACACAAAUAGGUAAAUAUAUGAAAUUAAAAGUAAAAUUUAUCAUCAUUAUUGCAGAUCAAACAAGUUUGAAUUAUUUUCAAGCAUUAAUUUUAACCAAUAGGA